AUGUCCUCCGACAAUUUCUCGUCCCUCACUCCAUCUCGCCCCGCGCCCCCUCCCCCAGGGCCAUCGGGUGUGGCAGGGCAUCAUCCGAAGCCUGCCAAGGGCCCCCAAGCCAGCAUCUCUUCUACUUCCUAUUCGCCAUCCUUCUCAACCAUGGCCCCUACUGUAUCUCAGUCAACGAGUUUAACUGCGAUCGGGGUGCCCAAUACCACUUUCACCGGUACGGUCCGCUCGGGCCCGGUCAAUGUCAAAGAAGAUGGUCUCAGGGCUUUCAUGUGGAGUAAAAGGUGGCUAGUGUUGGGCAACACUGAUCUCCGUAUCUACAAGAAUCAGAGCUCUUUUUCACCCCUCCUCAGCAUACCCUUGAAGGACGUUCAGGACAUUCAACGCGUCGACCUCAAACCUUUUUGUGUCGAGAUUGAGACAAAUGAUAGGCUUCUUUAUCUCGCUAUGCGCUCCGAUGAUGAUGUCUAUAAUUGGAUGGAUGACAUCUACAACCGGUCUCCCAAGCUUGGUGUCUCUUUACCCAUGAACUUUGUCCAUCAAGUACAUGUAGGGUUCGAUCCAAGAUCUGGAGGUUUCACGGGACUUCCACCUCAAUGGUCAAAGCUUCUCACCUCAUCUGCUAUCACAAAGGAGGAGGCGGCGAGGAACCCGGAAGCGGUGCUGGAUGUUCUGCAGUUCUAUACGCAACAACAAGCAUCCCAACAACCCCACGAACGACCGACGCCGUCAGCAUACAGUGCCCAACCCUCUGUCGUUCCUGUCGUUCCGUCACCUGAUGCCGAUGAUCACAACAAAAGUCACGGUAGUGAACGAGUGCAAGUCGGACAUCAGGCAAUGAACUCUUUACUUGAAACUCAGCCCGUUACGACUACAAGCUCUCAUACUGCCUAUCAAUCGAAGCAUUCUACAGAACAAACCGUUUCCAAGCUUCAAUUCCGAAAGACCAGUCAGCCGAGUGUCGGCCUCACUUCCGACUCCGAGCCGAAAGCUCUGGCGCCAAAUCUGACAACACCUGAUCGUCCCGAAAAGAGAAUCAGCACCAUGUCUGAAGCUCAAAUAAUGGUGAAGCUUCGCUCCGUGGUCAGUCAAGGGGAUCCUGGGCAACUCUAUGCCAAAAUCAAGAAGGUGGGACAAGGCGCCUCGGGUAUGGUCUUCGUUGCAAAAGUUCUUUCCAACGGUUCCAAAGUGGCCAUCAAGCAGAUGGACUUGUCGCAGCAACCUCGCAAAGAACUCAUAGUCAAUGAGAUCAUUGUGAUGAAAGAAUCGCAACAUCCCAAUGUUGUCAACUUCCUAGACUCUUUCCUUGUAAGGGGCACCGAGCUAUGGGUCGUCAUGGAGUUCAUGGAGGGCGGGGCUUUAACGGAUGUAAUCGAGAACAACAAGUUGACCGAGGAUCAAAUAGCAGCCAUCUGCCUGGAGACUUGCCGCGGUCUGCAACAUCUUCACUCGCGUGCUAUCAUCCAUCGUGAUAUCAAAUCGGACAAUUUGCUCAUGAACAGCCUUGGCCAAGUCAAAAUCACGGAUUUUGGAUUCUGCGCUAAGCUUACCGAUCAAAAGUCCAAGCGUGCGACCAUGGUUGGCACACCUUACUGGAUGGCACCGGAAGUCGUGAAACAGAAAGAGUAUGGCGCCAAAGUGGACAUCUGGUCGCUAGGGAUCAUGGCGAUCGAAAUGGUUGAGAAUGAGCCCCCCUACCUUGAUGAGGAACCCUUGAAAGCCCUUUAUCUUAUCGCUACUAACGGCACGCCAACUUUGAAGACGCCAGAGAAAUUGAGCCAGGAUUUGAAGCAUUUUCUCAGUGUGUGUCUUUGUGUGGAUGUUGCUUUCCGUGCAACCUCGAACGAGCUUCUGAGGCACUCAUUCUUGACCCAUGCUUGUCCAGCGAGGGAUUUGGCGCCUCUACUCGGCUUCAAAGAGACUCUCUCUGGAUCAAGGUAG